AUGACUGGAAAGGAAUUACAUCCAUACUACAGUCACCUUAAUGAACAAGGUUCCCCACUGGGUCUCACCUCUGGGGCUUUAAAUUUCUUCUUGGCCACUGCAGAUACAAAUACACAAAAGGCAAUGGAGCGUGCGGCGUAUUGGAAUUCCUUUACUCAGCAAUCCACUUCCGCACCGGUAUAUGGACCCAGCAAACCACCACGUCUUCAACAAUUUGUGGAUCUUGCAAGUAAUGUUUGCAGUAUGACACCCUUCUUUUCUCUUGGCGGGGAUGUUGCGGUUGGGGAACAGGGAAAUGGACAAGAAACACUAAAAGAAAAACAAGAAGAAUUGGAAAUAAUCAACACUGGCAAUACAGUAUAUAUGGGACCUGUAUUUCAUACCCCACAACAACAGAAGGAACGAUUACCCGUUACACUUAUCACACCCACACCAACUUCUACAAUGGGAAUGACAAUAUCACCUGCCACGGCUUGUCGGGAUAUACAUCAAAUAACUCCUGCACAAACAGUCAUGUGUGGAACUUGUGUUUCUACGCAUACGACGACUAUUACUUCUAAUAAUAAUAAUAAUAAUAAUAAUACUAUACAUGUGGAGAUGCGAAGCCGUCCGCAACUACAAAAGAUAAACACUACACCAGCAGUCGUUGUACACUCCAGUUGUCUCGCCAGUGAACUUGAGUCCGCAUUUCAAGAGCAUAGAAUAAGGAAAAAUACAAGAGAAGUGUCCAAUCAUGUUAUUAUGGAAGGAAAAGAGGAAAAAGAAAUGGAAGAGGAGGAGAUAAAUCCCAAUAAUAAUAACAACAACAACAACAACACCAACAGCAAUAUGGAAGAAGAAGAGGAAGAAGAAGAAAAUGAGGAGGAAAGAACAGAUAAUAUGAUGGCUACAGGUAAACCAAGUGAUGAUAAUUCAGCAGAAAGUAAACGUCGUUCAAAUCUCGCACGUCGUGAAGAACGUGCGGCUCAGCGUCGCAAUAAAGAACAACGUCAAGGGAAAUCAAAGAACAACAAUGGUCAUCAGAAACAAAAUAAAAACAGCAGCAACAACAACAGUAAUAAUAACAACACAACAAGUCGUUCACCAUUGGUUUCCUUGACAAAUGGUGAUAAUGCUUGGUCUAUGGGUGAUGGAAAGAAAUAUAUGCUGAGUUUAUUAUGCCAUGGUGAACGUAAAGUGACAGUGGUUUCUUUUAUGGAAUUACACACAGGAGAUCACGUUUUAUUUGAAGGUGAUCGUGGUGUAGAUCUUGGAGAAGUUAUUGGAUGUGAAGAGUCCGUAAAUGAAUCUCCUGGAGUUAAUAAUAAUAAU